GAUCCAGACCCUACACACACACACACACACACACCAACACACAUUCACACCAACACACACACACACCUACACACACUCACACACCCUCCCACUCCCAGGCACCCUGUGCGACCCCUCACCAUUGGCUAGGUAUCGCAGGUAUACUGGAGCUCUGCACCUCCAGCUCAGCUGCAGGGGCCAUUUGGGAAGGCAGGACACACAGGUGUAUGAUGAGGAUGCUGAUGGAGCUGAUGGUGUUGGGGUUCCUGGUUCUCCAGGCGGCAGCGAGUCCCCGCUUCGCCCGGCAGGUGGAGUUGGACACGUAUGAUAGCGCCAACUACGAUGUGGAUCUAGAAAACUUGAACCCGGAAAACCAGGAUAUCUAUGAUUAUGAAGAUGGACUGACCAUUGAUGAACCUCAGAUAGAGAUAGGAACAUUGGCUCCACCUGACUACAACUACCCAGCCCCUGGGGCAUCUUUGGAGGAGGAGGAGGAGGAGGGGCAGGAGGAGGAGCAGGAGGAGGAGCAGGAGGAGGAGCAGGAGGAGGAGCAGGAGGAGGAGCAGGAGGAGGAGCAGCUAGAGGUGGAGGAGGAGCAGGAGGAGGUUCAGCUAGAGGUGGAGGAGGAGGUGGAGCUGAGACCGAAACUGGCUCCUCAGGGCUCAGGAGGCUCUGGGAUCCUCAUGGGACCUGACACACAGAAAGAGGAGGAGCUGCGCCUGGCUCCCAUUGACAUCCUUCACGUCUCCGGGGACUUUGGGGGCUCUGUGGGUUCCGGAGCCUUCGGUGGUUCUGGGGACCUGCUGGGUUCCGGGGACCUGCUGGGUUCUGGGGACCUGCUGGGUUCUGGGGACCUGCUGGGCUCUGGGGACCUGCUGGGCUCUGGGGGUUCUGGAGGAUCCGGGGGUUCUGGAGACCUCCUUGGCUCCGGGGGUUCUGGAGACCUCCUUGGCUCCGGGGGUUCUGGAGACCUCCUUGGCUCCGGGGGAUCGGGGGAUCUCCUGGGCUCCGGGGGAUCGGGGGAUCUCCUGGGCUCCGGGGGAUCGGGGGAUCUCCUGGGCUCCGGGGGUUCCGGAGCUUCUGGGGGUUCCGGGGGCUCUGGGAUAACAAUGAUCUCUGGAGAGGAGGAGUUCAUCCUUGAGAAGAUCCCUCAGGAGGCCUCUGGCGAUUCAGGGGAGUCAGGUUCCUCUGGGGCCUCUGGCGAGUCAGGAGAGUCAGGUGCCUCGGGUGAGGCAGGAGAGUCUAGUGCCUCGGGCGAGGCAGGUGCCUCUGGGGCAUCAGGAGAGUCAGGAGAGUCAGGGGCCUCUGGUGAGUCAGGGGCCUCUGGUGAGUCAGGGGCCUCUGGUGAGUCAGGGGAACCGAUAAUCCCUGUCAUUCAAAAAGAGGAAGAGCUGCUUCCUGCCACGCCCCUCCCAGAGGAGUCGGAGGGGGAGAUAGUGUCUGGGGGCUCUGGGUUAGAGCCAGACGUUGUCACACAAGGUAUGCCCACCUGUCUGUUGUGUACCUGUCUGGGCGGGUCUGUUUACUGUGACGACCUGAAGCUGGCCCACGUGCCCCCGCUCCCUAAAGAGACCACUCACUUCUACGCUCGCUACAACAAGAUCACCAACAUCAACAAGUCUGACUUCGCUCAGAUGAACAAGCUGAGGAGGAUCGACCUGACGGCUAACGAGAUCUCGUCCGUGGCGGACGGGGCUCUGAGUGGGCUGCUGGCGCUGGAGGAGCUGGUCAUCAGAGAGAACGCUGUGGCUCAGCUGCCUGCGCUGCCCGUCACCAUGACGCUGGUGGACGCCAGCCACAACAACAUAGGUGCCACCGGCAUCCACAAGGAGGCUUUCAAGGACAUGGCGGGUCUGCUGUACCUGUACCUCACAGAUAACCACAUCGACCACAUCCCUGUGCCCCUCCCCGACAGCCUGCGCUCACUGCACCUACAGCGUAACAACAUCCAGAUGAUGCACGAGGACACGUUCUGCAACCUGAAGGACUUCAACUACAUCAGGAACGCCCUGGAGGACAUCCGCCUGGACGGGAACCCCAUCAACCUCAGCAGAACCCCGCAGGCGUACGUGUGCCUGCCUCGCGUGCCUGUGGGAGACCUCAUCUAGACACACACAUACACAUAUAAACACACACAUAAGCACAUACACACUCAUACACAUAAGCACAUACUCAUACAUGCUCCCACUUUUAUAUAUACAUAUAUACACACACACACACACACACUACACUGAAACAAAAAACACACAUAACAUGGGGCCUGAAAAUAGACACACACACACACAACAACCCAACAAACAAUAAAAUCAUGCCAAUGAUCAACAGCAAUCUGCACAUACCAUCAUCUACCUAGUGUAAACACUAUUUAAGGCUAUUGGUCCCACUUACACACACACACGUACAGAGAACUUUGUCAACAUCCAAACUGUUCCACAACUUGAUGAAAUGGAGAACAUUCUACUCUCAUAAAUACAUUUUAUUGAUCGCCAGCAAACAAGUGAUCACGUGUUGGUUUGGUUUGAAUGGGCUCGCCUGGCAAAGACCACCAGUAAUAUUGUUUAAAUAUGUUUGUUUUGUAAAGAAAAAAAUAAUAUUAAUAUUAAUGACAAAUCUAACACAUUUGGAAAUGUUCAUUUAUACUAAUGGAAGCAGGAGCUGAGUGAAGGUGAACUGAGGUUCUAAUGCAAUAAAAGAAGCAUUUAAACACAAGCAUUUGUUGUAAAAUCUGUACUGUAAUAUAAAAAUAUAUAUAUUCAGAAAACGUUUUUUUUUUUUUUUCAUUUUUUUUUUUAUUUUUUUUUUACAUGAACUGCAAUAUUUGGUAUGAUACAUUUCAAAGUGAUGUUUUGACCAUGCACAAUAGCUUAUUCAUAAAUAAUCUAAGCGUAUUGUAUGAGUGGUGGGGGUAUGGGUGUGGGGGGAGGGGGGUAACAACCAUAAUAGCUUGCUAUUGUGUGCUUUGUAUGGAAAUACCACAAGUGAAUAAAGAUGUAUUGAUGACCUCUCCGACCUGGGAGUGGCUCACCGUUGUCUUUGAAACUCGUAACACUACAAACUUUUAACAUGACCAACAAACAUAAACUUUUAACAUGAACAACAAACAGAAACGUUCUAAUAAACAUUCAUGAAGAGA